GUAGCUUCUGAACAACUGCAUCAGCCCAAGGAAACUGUAAUGGAUUAGCUACAUCAAAGUUUGGGAGCGGAAUAUCAGAAAUAUCCGUGAUAACACACAAUCAUCUACAGCAUUUUAAACUCGAGUCAUGAUCUAGAUAGGUAUAAAAUUUACAUUAACGCCCAAUUAACUGCAAAAGUGAGCAAUUUUGCACAAAAUAGUGAAAAAUUAGAUUAGAAACAUUCAGAAUAUUCCAAUUUCUCCUAUUGAUAAAAAUUCAAGCUCCUGCAUUUACAAACCAUCGAUGAUUAUCGAGUUUUUUGAACCCAUGUCAAGUAUCAGGAAGAUGAUGAAACUCUUGCUUUAGCGUUACUGAAGAGGAUUCGGUCAAUUUAUCGAUAGUGACCACUCUUUCCCAGACUUUUUGCACAUGAUAAGCGAAACAGAGAACAACUGGGGCUCGAUGAUGCGUACGAUGGGAAGCAAAAGCACCCUGCUGGUGGCGCCCUCCCUGCAGAACGUGAGCUGUUCGCAUCCGCGCUACGGCUCCGUCGGGCCGCCAAUCAGCUUCGGAGGCGUCGCUCAGGCCAUCUUCAUCCUGGCGCUGUCAAUCGGCAUCCUGGCUGCCAACCUCUUGCUCAUCGUAGUUAUCAACACAAGGCGCUACUCCAAAUACAUACAUUCGCAGCCACGAUAUUUGCUCACUUCACUUGCCAGUAAUGACCUCGCUAUCGGCUUAUUGGUGACACCGUUUGGCGUAUUGCCAGCUAUUUAUCAGUGCUGGCCCUUCAGUGACAUCGUCUGUCAAAUACAGGCUCUGCUGAGAGGGGCUUUGACACAACAGAGUGCUGUCAUCCUAGUUUGCAUGGCAGUGGAUCGAUACACAUGCAUGUUGCAUCCCGUCCGUUACCAUAAACACUCCACUAAAAAGGGCUGCAUGGCGCUGCUGAGCUUGGCGCUGAUUGGCUCGCUGACGGUGUUCUCAGCGAUUGUGCUGCCACGUGGCGGCUACUACUUCAACCUGAGCGGGCUGGCCGCCUGCGACCCGUUCUACCGGCGACCCAGCUUCCGCAUCCUGGCCGCAUGCCUCUUCUACUUCCCCACCACCAUGAUGCUCAUGUACUGCUACGGCUCGGCGUUCCACGUCAACAAACUGCGACUCAAACGCACCGUCUGCUCGGUGGUCGCCGUGCCUGACGAAAUCGCUGGCACCAACUUGGAGAAGUUGAUUGCCCACGAGAGGCGAUUGAGCAGAAGCGCCAGUCGAACGAUGGCGGCCAUGUCUCUGGGCUUCAUCGUCAUGGUCACACCGUGGACCAUUCAAGAAGUGGUUGUCGCUUGUACAGGAUCAAAGAUGCCACCCGCUUUGGAUUUCAUUAUCACUUGGCUAGCUCUGAGUAACAGUUUUUGGAAUCCGUUUCUCUACUGGCUACUCAACAACCACUUCAGAAGGAUAAGCAGGGAGCUCUUCAUGUCGAAGAUUUUUUGCUGUCGACGUAAAAAGAGUUCGGGCGGCACUCCCACUCAUCAGCAUCAGCACCAGCAUCAGCACUGCUGCCCGUCGGCGGGGAGCAUCGCAAUGACGGCGCCGCCCCCGAGGGCCGACUUCGAGGGCAUGAGUGAGAAGCACUGGGGAGAAAUCCUCGAGCGAACCGUGUCGUCCAACAGCCUCCAAGCCAUGCAGAGGGUCUACCCACCUCACCCCCCUCAUCCGCCGCCCCCACCAAUGGCUGCCACCUUGCCACGGAGAGUUAUGCAUUAACACCUUGGUGAAAACUUGAUGAUAUCGAAACUCAAGUACUCGGAAUAAUUUAUUUGCCGUUGUAAAUGUUUUAUCUUUCGAAUCACGAGGAAAUCUUAUUAAUCGCAUUUUCUCACAUGCCAAUCGGUGGUCAAUGAAUGUUUAUUUGGUUUUUAUGGGUGGGUGAUCCUUACGAGUGGGUGAAUCCUGACACCUAGCUAAUAAUUCUAUGAAGGAAAAGGAUUUCGUAUGCCUUAAUCAGUUGGCUACUUCUGCAUGGAAGAUCUUGCAGCCAAAUAUAAAUCUGACAUACAUUUUUAUUUUUUCACCGUUUGCAACGAAUCGCAAAAGCCAUAGUGUUCCGAUGUAUUUUAUGGGAAUACAUUUGUAUUUGAAUUUGGAAAAAAUAGAUUCACAGUGUCUAGUCCACAAAGUGGACACAAAUUGGACAACAAGAUGUUUCAACCAUUUCACUACAAUGGAACAAAUUAGAAACUUUCGCAUUGGAUUCUAUUUCAAUUAUAUCAAGAAUAUCAAUUUGCUAUCAAAAACCUAAUUCUUAUUCUAAAAGGACCGAAUGUGAUAAAAAUCAUAAGAUUGGACAAUGUAUACAACAUGACCAAAAUUCAAGUUAACUAAGAAUGACAUUUUCAACUUCUAAUAUGAAGGUGGAUGUAGACCUAGAAGUCUCUUCAAUAUUCACCAAUAAAACUUGAUCGCUUCUAAUGAACGCACAAUUCGAAAACUACUGUAUUAUCUGUCAUGCAAAUGAACUAAUUCUCAUGUUAUACAGAAUCACACUUCCUCGUUGAAGUACAACAGUUAAUUGAAGAAUUACUAAUAAAUUAUGAUGAAAUUACAAUUUGGAACUUCAAAGCUCUUGUCAAUAUUCACCUUACUAUCAUUGUCUUUCGACACAAUAAUUAUCAUCAUUUUAUGCUAGAUCUUAAUUUGAAUAACAGUUGCCGUACUUCACUUAUGGAAGACGUAACAGCAUAAUGAAUUAAACUCAAAAAGGAGCAGGAUCGAUAAUUAUCAAAAAUCAGGAGCUUCAAAGGCCUUUCAGUAUGUUUCAACUUCAUAUUCUAAUAUUUAAUGAGAAGGAGAUAAUGAGAGUGUGCUUCACUUCUCUGAUAUUGAUGAAGUAGUCUUUUCAAAAUUAUGAAGACACUGACUAAUAUACUGUGAUUAUUCCUCAUCUCUGUUACUUUGUAGUCGACUAAAAUGUUGAUUGAUGUGAUACUCAGACACUCAUUGGAAUAUUCAAAAAGUCUGUCAUAAAGACUAGAUACCAAGGUAUAUUCUAGAAUAUUUCGUUCAACAGUUUUGAUUGGAAAACGUAGUCUACAGUAUGAAAUUAUUCAGGAGAAAGCUAUCCAUCCAAUAUUUAUAAAUUGUUUAAAAUCAAACUUCAACUCUGAUAAGAGAUCGUAACAAGCCAUAUUGGAUUAUUGAAGAAAGCUCAUACCUUCUCUAUUGAAUCGUCGUGACUUAUUGAAUAAAUUUAAAUUUUAAAAUUAUUUGUAAUAAAAUAGGAAGUUUUCACUAAAAAAUGAAAAUCAAAUAAGGAACUUUUUCCAAGAUAUUAAUAGCUCAAUUCUCACGACACUUCCUUCAAAUCAUCUAAUCAUUGUAAAAUUUUCCACGAUAAUGUACCAUUUUAGAGCAUCAUUGUUAUAACUAAAGAAUAAAUUUCUUUUGUAAAUAAAAAUUGUGAUUGCGAAUUAAAAAUCGAUUUUUCAAA